AUGCCGGUGACAACACGCAGUGCGUCUCUUCCAUUGGGCUCUUCUCGCAAUGCUGCUAGCAAAUACUGGCCUGCUGCAUCUAGUUCUGCUGCCGCAGCAGCAGCUAGCCGUGUGCAAACAAUUGAAGAGGACUUUCAGGACAUUGAUGGAACAACCCUAAACUAUCCGCCACAAGAGUCAUCCGCCCCAGGGAGUGAUACGGAGGAGUUUUUCUCCCCCACUACGAAUGGUUCUAAGCCUUUGGAGCCUAUAUCUCCUGUUCAAUCUGGGCUCCUGCUUACUCCAAUUAGGAGUGGCCAGAGCUACCCGUUCAAAAGCCCAAGCCGCCAUGUGAAUACUGGUCACAAUGCUGCAGCACCUAAACCUCCUGAACAUUCUUUACGCCCCUCUGAGGCUACUAUAUGCACGACUGAAGAACAACCACAGAUAUAUCAACCGUACCCUUUGAAAAUGCUGGCGUUGGUGCCGAAAUUAAACCAAUCAUCAGACAAAGUUUUAAAUAUCUGGAAUCAACACGGCUCCUCAUAUUCCAGCUUUACCAAAUACAUUACUAAUCCUACGAGCAAAAUCAGAAUUGAAGAGAGUUGGGGAGAUACCUUUUUAAGCUAUAAAAGGAAUUUUGAUGAUAAACAUUUUAUCAAUGUGGCUAAAACCGUAGACGCCCUCCCUUCUCUGGAACGCUUAGACUGGGACCCCACCGAAAUAUAUCAAAAAGCAAAUUUUGCCCAGUUGACUCUCGACAUGAUUUACUUUUGCAAUGGAACUCAAUUGACGAUCCCAUUGGAUAUCAUUGACAGCUUGUUCCCUACCCCUUUUUAUGCCAGUCUAUCAACCCCGGACGAUGUGAUAACUUCACUCUUCCAGAUUGGGUUAGAGAUACGAACGCAUCGUUGCAUAUUGAAUCUAAAGGAUGCUAGCGAGGAUAUUCUGCCUAGCACUGUUCUCGAUGAUGUUUUUGGCAACGCGAUUGCCGGCGAACCUGGAUUUCGCGGAUGGGAAAUAGACGGCCUACAAGACGGAGACGGUUGUCUACCUGAGAAUUUCAGGGAGGAUGUUCAACACAGAGUCACAAAGAUAGAAAGUGCCUUUGGAAAGGGUGCAUCGAGGUCAAUAGAUUUUUCUAUGUUGACCAACAGUUUUCCGUGGUCUGAAUUCGUCAUGGUGCUUGGGGCAUGGGUACAACGCCGAAUCGGUGAAAUAAAUGAUGAAUUAAAAAGAAAAGAAGAUAAUGAUUCAACAAUCUUCAAAUUCCGCUCGACAUUGCGCCGCGGGCAUAGUUUUUCUUCUCCGGUCCCUGAGGCGAUAGCGUUGCCAACCACGGCCAGCGCAAAAACAGCAAUCCCGUCUACAUCACCAUCAAAAUUUACAAACACCGUCCAAGAUGAGCGUACUGCCACAGAGUCCACACCUUCGGUUCCUUUCCUCCCUGCUGCGCCUAGAAAAAACUUCAUAUCUCGAACUUCCAUCCGCCAUCUUCAAGCGUUAAAAAUAAAACAGAGGUCUAUCCCUCCUGCUGCAGUAACUUCCAACCAGCACGAACCUUUGCGCAAUCAGUAUCUCCAAACAUCAGAGGCGAAGGAAACUAAUUUUCACUCUAAUCAACAGGGUAAACAUGUUAGAGACACCCAAGUAGAAACGCUUGCACAGCCAAUGACAAUUUUUGACCGGCAGGAGAACGCACACAGGGUAUCUCCCAUUCAAUCAAGUCAGGUAUCGGUGUGCGAGGAGCAAGCUCUUACCGAAAAUACAAGAAAGCGGCGACACACGGCCGAAGUUGAAGGUGACGAUAUUUUACUCGUGAAUCAGACACGCACGCCGACGAGGAAACUCCAACGUGCCAAAAGGCGCCGGGUCGAACCAAGUAUCGAAAAGGCCAGGAGUGAAGCCCGAUCUCCAUCCGUUGUGGUACGGCAUCGCCAGGCAUCCAGACCCACGGGUGAUGAACGGCCAGCCGGCAGUGCCUCUCGCUUUCUACCAUCGUCCCUUAAUAGCGAGAAUAUAAAUCCGAGCCGCCAAGCAACCGAGGCGCCGAGCAGCCCCAAGCGACGCACACCCUGGACGGUUGAAGAAUCCCGCCAGCUAGUCCGUUUAAUAAGGGAGCAUGGCCCGAAGUGGUCCCUGAUAAAAUCAAUUGACAGCUUAGAAGAAGUGCCGCAGCUAGAAAGACGAAAUCAGGUUCAGAUAAAAGAUAGAGCCCGCCAGAUGGCUUUUGACGUUUUCAGGACCGGACAACCUGUCCCCAAGAAUUUCAAAAAAAUCUUUAUGAAUACUAUGCAGGAGAAUAAGCUAAAGGCAAUGGGGAUAAAUUUUGAGGAGCAAGUGGAAGAGGAAUAG